GUGAGACUGUUUCGCUGCCCAAUUAUAACUAACCGCUCUCCCCGGCAAAACUCCCUCGGCGGCAAAAUCGUCGCUCCGCGGAAUAACUCGCGUCGCCCUAGAAGUCUGCAAAGGAGGCUAACUGAACACCGUAUAUAAAGAGGAGCCGUCGGGGCUAGCAUUUAGAGGAGACAGCACCAGCAGAGAAGGGCCGUGCUGACUGGUACGCCGUAAAGAAGAGGGCCAGCAGGGGCCCGACUCGUCUUUCAUUUGGAGGUACAAGAUAAAGUUCAGGAACAGCCAUGGAUGGUCCGAAGCAGCUGACAACAACACGGGUGGUGGACAGCCGGAGACAGAUCUACAUCUCACCUGCAGUAGAGGAAAUCAUCUCCAGUCUCCAACCUCGCCCCGUAGAUGUGGUAUCCGUGGUGGGACCGAUGAGGAAGGGAAAGUCCCAUCUAGCAAAUCGCCUAUGCAAAAGGAAGUCUGGAUUCCCACUUGGAGACGAAAUGGAGUCGAAAACGAAGGAUUUCUGGUUCUGGAUCGGUGCCCACCCGUUUCAGUCUGAUCGGUAUCUUAUGGUUGUCGACACUGAAGGCCUGGGUGACUACGCUGAUGAGGAACAGAAAGACAAAGACAUGAAGCAUCUGGUUUUGGCCACCCUGAUUUCCAACCACCUGGUCUUCAACCUACAGGGCAACCCAGACAGUGGCUUUGUUAAUAAUCUGAGGCUGAUGGGAGAUCUCGCAGACUGUAUCCGUGUUCGAAAAGAUGGUGAAGACGAAGGAGACAGUCUUGGUGAGCACUUCCCCGAGCUGUGGGUUGCCGUGCAAGAUGCUCACCUAAAAACGCCACAAAAGAAUGGCAGACGCCUGACUCCUGAUGAGUUUCUGGAGACGUUGUUGGAGCACAAAGAUGGCGACACAAAGGCAAUCCUCUCCCACAACGACAUGACGUCCACAGUGAAGGCUUUCUUCCCAAAGCGGCAUCUCCGACUGAUUCCUGCACCAUCCUUAGAUCCAGAUAUUCUGAGCAACCUUGACAAAACAAUUGACAGCAAUCUGGAGACGGGUUACAAAGAUUCUCUUGAAAACUUCACCCGUGAGAUCUGGAACUCCGGCCAGAUUAAGACGGUCAACGGAGAUGACAUAAAACCCUCAGGCCUUCUUCAUCUCAUGGAGUACUACGUCGACGCCAUCAACGACCCAAACGCCACACCGUCUGUUCUCGGCGCACACGAGGCUAUGGUGGAAGGCGAGUGCCACAGGGCUUCAUACGAGCAGAUCAAACAGUUCCAGAAAACUGUUGAGGAAACGUUAGAACCACUCAUGCCGAUUGACACCCUGGACUGCUGCAGGAAAAUCAAGGCUGCCAUGGAGAAUGCAGUUUCCAGCCUGUCUGCAGCCGUGGGGAAGUGGGACAAAGACGGAGCAUGGAAGAAACGACUCCAGGGGAAACUGGAAACAAAACGGCUGGCCUUACUCAAGGAUAAUGGCUCAAAGUCAAAGGACCACUGCGAAAUGAUCAUGAAGAUGGUUGACGAGACUGUCCAGAAGAAAAUGGAAGGAGGCGACUACUGUAGAAUCGGUGGAUUCGAUACAUACGUAAGGGACAUGGAUGAUGUGUACCGCGCCUACAAUCAAAGAGCCUCUGGAAAAGGCCCAGCAGUUGAGGAAGUUCUGGAGACCUUCCGCGCCACAGAGACGACAAGGAGGAACACGAUCAAGAUUACAGACCGCCAGCUGGUGGAGGAAGACCGUCGAGUUAAGGAAGAACAGAGAAAGAGAAGGGACGCUGAGGUGGCAGCAAGGGCUGAAGAGCGUCGAGUUAAGGAAGAACAGAAAAAGAGACAGGAGGCUGAGGAAGCAGCAAAAAGGGCCGCUGAAGAGGAAAGGCGAGCAAAAGCAAAGGCUGAAAGGUCUCAACGCGAAGCAGCGCUUGAGGCGGAGAAGAGAAAGAAGGCCGAGGCAGCAUCAAUGGAUCGAUUUGCAAGGAAUGAGGAGAGGCGGCAAAUGGCUCGGCAGGACGGGAGGCAGAAAAUGGCUCAAACCCAGAUGCAACAGCGAGCAAUGACGCAACAGCGACAAAUGAUGCAACAGCGAGCAAUGAUGCAACAACGAGCAAUGAUGCAACAACGAGCAAUGAUGCAACAACGAGCAAUGAUGCAGCAAGCAAUGAUGCAGCGAGCAAUGAUGCAGCGACAAUUUAUGAUGCAGCGAGCGGGAAUGAUGCAGCGAACAAUGAUGAUGCAGGAAAUGAUGAGACGGCAGUCUGCAGGGCUAGAUAUGGGUCAAAUGAACAUGGGGGGUUGGGACAAUGGAGGGGGGGAAUACGGGGGCAUGGAUGGGCAGGGCUAUGAUGGUUGCUAUGAUGGUUGAUACCAAAUAACUAAAGGUCCUGAUCUCGAGCCCGAUUGCAAAAGGCACUUAAAACCUAACUUUUAGGAGCUCCUGUGUUUGAGGAAAGACACAUGCACCUCGAGAGCAUUGAAAAGUUCAAUAUAUCUAUCGAUAAGUGUAUACGUACACCCAAAUGAGUGCACUAACUGUCCGGGCUUUCACAGCUUCUAUUGAUUACUUACUUUAUGUUGUGUUUUGUCUUGCGGUGAUUCUUAUCUCCAUUGGAAAAUUAUCUAUGAUGUUGUGUCGCGGUGGUACCUUUGGUGUGAUUGUGAUAAUGAUGUAGUGACAUGAGACACGAGUGUGUAGAUCAGACUUGAUAUAUCCGCACCAAUGCAGUGCCUAUGUUCAUUUAAACUUCCACAAAGGAAGUAUAAAAUCUGAUCAGCUUCAGCAAGGAGGUCUUUGUAGUAAAUCACAUCAUCAUCCCUUACCAGGAACAUAGAAGAAGAACUUAAUUGCACGAUAAUUGUACAUGGUACAAUGUAUGGCAACGACUACUGAACAAAGCACAAAACGAAAAGGGUACCGUUACAUGAUGUACUUAGGAACCAUUUUGUAUUCGGAUACAUGUAGGUACAUGUAGAUAUACAAGUCAGGUGGGUAGUUUUCCUUUCAAAGUAUAUCAUUAUCAAAGGCAUCAUAACCGGUAUCCAAGUAAAUCAAAAUUCUGGCAGAAAGACUAACUUGUGUAUUGCAGUGUUAUUUUGUACAUAUGCAUUGAGGUUUUAUACUAGUUUUGGACAUAUGUAUUGCGAUGUUAAAUUUGACAUAUAUGUAUUGCGGUGAUUGAACAAAUCUAUGACAAGAAUACAAUGCCUUUAGCUUGAUAUUGGCAUCACGUGGGAUUUUGAAAUACCACAACAUGUGGCAUUUCACAGUAAAUCCCGUAAGAGCUAAACGCUUCUGGUGAAAACUUGGGACAUAUCAACUGACCUGUCACAGACAUACAUUCAUCGUUGGACUGAUGAUUAACCUUUAACUCUUUAACUUUUAUGUGAUGUUACUGUAGAGCGCUUGGUAAA